ACCACAACUCCAACAUCACAACCAUGACAGAAGUACAAGAACACACACAAACGUCGCUCGCAGCAGACACAUCUCUCGAACCGACCGCGUCGACCGAGCUUGUUACGACGACAGAACAGACAAUCAUCACGACCAAUGCCGAGGGCAAAAAGGUUAAGAAGAUCAUCCGUCGCAAACGGAGACCGGCGCGUCCACAAGUCGAUCCUGCGACGAUAAAGCCCCAGGAAGUUGCGCAGACGGGUAACAUCUACAACGUCUGGUACAACAAGUGGUCUGGUGGUGACAGGGAGGACAAGUACCUCUCUAAGACAGCCGCCCAGGGACGCUGCAACAUCGCAAAGGACAGCGGAUACACAAAAGCCGACAAGACGCCUGGAUCCUACUUCUGCCUCUUCUUUGCGCGUGGUAUCUGCCCCAAGGGUGUGGACUGCGAGUACCUCCAUCGUCUGCCUACCGUCACCGACAUCUUCCCAAGCAACGUCGACUGCUUCGGGCGCGACAAGCAUGCCGACUACCGAGACGACAUGGGUGGAGUAGGAACCUUCCAAAGACAAAACCGAACCCUCUACAUCGGACGCAUCCACCCCACCGACGACAUCGAGGAAAUCGUCUCGCGCCACAUGCAAGAAUGGGGCGAAAUCGAACGAACCCGCGUCCUCACAGCCCGCGGCGUGGCCUUUGUUACCUACACCAAUGAAGCCAACUCGCAGUUUGCCAAAGAAGCGAUGGCGCACCAAUCUUUCGACCACAACGAAAUCUUAAACGUCCGCUGGGCAACCGUAGACCCCAACCCACAAGCCGCGAAACGCGAAGCCCGCCGCAUCGAAGAACAAGCCGCCGAGGCGAUCCGCAAAGCCCUUCCCGCAGCCUACGUCGCCGAACUAGAAGGCAGAGAUCCCGAGAGCAAGAAGCGCAGGAAGGUCGAAGGCAGCUUUGGUCUACAAGGUUAUGAAGCACCGGAUGACGUAUGGUACGCAAAAGAAAAGAGUGACUGGGAAGCAGCCAAGCAGCUGGAAUCAGGCGGCAUGGGCGAGCGCAUGAUGAUUGAGAGUGCAGAGUCGGCCUACCAAGACGGCGAUAAUACUGUCCAAGAACAAGAGAGCUCGACUGCACAGCAGGGUAACGGCAUUUUGUCAGGGUCUACACUGGCGGCGCUCAAGGGGUUCAAGGCUACGCCGACCAACAAACGGCCUGCCCCUGUUGCGGGGCCGCUAGUGGAUUAUGGCAGUGACAGUGAUUGAGUGUGGGGUUUGCAUAUUGGAGUCAACGAGAUUGAGAGAGAAGCAUGUAUUGUGUGUAUUGGUGCACAAAAUCUUGGGAAUAUGGAAAGGAAGCAUAUCAUGGCGUAGGCAUAGUUAAUUGAUACCCGUUCUUUUGCGUGUCACAGUAUAUGCAAUUGACAAUACUACGGUGGU